GGGAGCGAGAGCCCCGGCCACAGCCGGCACAGUCGGUUGCCGCCGCCGCCCGCGCCCCGCGGCUCCCCCUGCCGGAGCGCAGCCGCACAGACAGGACUAGAAGAAUAAAGAGAAGUUUGAUUUAUACAACCUAUAAGAAACCUUACAACAGUUUGGAACGGAUGGAUUGAUGAUACCUCUGCUAUGUGAGAGCGACAUUGGGUGUCGGUGUUGGCCAGCUACUGCUGGUGGACUUCAGCUGACUUCAUUGCAGCAAGCCCAACCGAUAGGUCCUCGUCGCUGGUAGAACAUAAACAAGUGUGAUGCUGAAAUGAGAUGAGGCUCCGAAAUGGAACUGUGGCCACCGUGUUAGUUUUCAUCACUACUUUCCUCAGUCUGUCCUGGUAUACUGCAUGGCAAAAUGGAAAAGAAAAGUUGAUUGCAUAUCAACGGGAAUUUCACGCCUUGAAGGAACGUCUCCGUAUAGCCGAGCAUCGCACUCUGCAGCGCUCCUCGGAGCUCAACGCUAUCUUGGAGCAGUUCAGGCGGGCAGUGGCAGAGACAAAUGGGAGUAAGAAUGCAAUGAAUAAUUUUUCAGAUGAGACACUGAAAUUGUUGAAGGAGCUAACAAGUAAAAAAUCUCUUCAAGUGCCAAAUAUCUAUUACCAUUUGCCUCAUUUGUUGAAAAAUGAAGGAAGCCUUCAACCUUCUGUGCAGGUUGGCCUUGGAAGGACAGGAGUUUCCAUUGUAAUGGGAAUACCUACAGUGAAAAGAAAAGUCAAGUCUUACCUUACAGAAACUCUUCACUCCCUUAUUGAUAAGCUGUCCCCUGAAGAAAAACUGGAUUGUGUUAUGGUUGUCUUCAUAGGAGAGACUGAUCUUGAUUAUGUUAACAGCGUUGUUGCAAGCCUGGAAAAAGAGUUUUCUACAGAGAUCAGUUCUGGCUUGGUAGAAGUAAUAGCCCCUCCUGCAACUUACUAUCCUGACUUGACAAACUUGAAAGAGACAUUUGGAGAUUCAAAAGAGAGAGUGAGAUGGAGAACAAAACAAAACUUGGAUUACUGUUUUCUUAUGAUGUAUGCCCAGAAAAAGGGGGUUUAUUACAUUCAGCUUGAAGAUGACAUCGUUGUCAAGCAGAAUUAUUUCAGCACAAUAAAAAAUUUUGCACUUCAGCUCGCUUCUGAAGAUUGGAUGAUUCUAGAAUUUUCUCAGCUGGGUUUCAUUGGUAAAAUGUUCCAGUCCCCAGAUAUCACUCUUAUUGUAGAGUUCAUAUUUAUGUUUUAUAAGGAGAAACCUAUUGAUUGGCUCCUGGACCAUAUCCUCUGGGUGAAAGUAUGUAACCCUGAGAAAGAUGCUAAACAUUGUGAUCGACAGAAAUCUAACCUACGGAUACGUUUCAGGCCUUCUCUUUUCCAGCAUGUUGGCCUCCAUUCCUCUCUAGCAGGGAAGAUCCAGAAACUCACAGAUAAAGACUUCCUGAAACCAUUACUGCAUAAAAUCCAUGUGAAUCCACCUGCAGAGGUUUCAACAUCUUUAAAAGUCUACCAAGGGCAUACACUAGAAAAAACCUACGUAGGCGAAGAUUUUUUCUGGGCUGUCACACCAGUUGCUGGGGAUUAUAUUCUAUUCAAAUUUGACAAGCCAGUCAAUGUAGAAAGGUACUUGUUUCACAGUGGCAAUCCAGAGCAUCCAGGAGAUAUACUUCUAAACACAACUGUGGAAGUUUUGCCUUUCCAGAAUGAAGAACUGGUAUUAAGCAAAGAAACCAAAGACAAACGCUUGGAGGAUGGUUACUUCAGGAUAGGGAAAUUUGAAAACGGUGUAGCUGAAGGAACAGUUGACCCCAGCCUAAACCCUAUUUCAUCAUUCCGGCUUUCAGUGAUACAAAAUUCAGCAGUGUGGGCAAUUCUGAAUGAGAUUCACAUUAAAAAAAUUACAAACUGAGCAUGGAAAUCUACUUUUGAGGAAAAAGGAAGAAUCCUUGAAAACUUUUCCUCUAGAAUCUGACAUCAAUAGCAAGUCUUGAAUUGAAAAUACUGAGCAUGCACCUUAUUCCAAAUUUCUUUCAUUUUCACUUGAACUCUACCUCUUGUGAAAUCUACUGUAGAUGAGAAGAUUGUAUUUACCCCUUCUUAUCUGAUCCAUCCAGAAACUGAUGCUCCACGCUGAUAACAUUUGUCUGAGGCCUAUGUUGUCCUCCAGUUUAAUGUGACUUAUGGUCUUACGCUAUGCUUAACCUGUACUAUUUUGAUAGUAUAGUAAUAUAGAGAAGUUGUACAUAUUGUUACAUUCCUUGAAGAAGAAAAAAAAUAUAAUUAUUGUUAAAUAUGUUUUCUGAAGGGGGUGCUUUCGGAGUUCCAUUUAUUUUCUAUAACAAGAACCCUCUUUUAUAGAAUGUCAGGGAUAUAUAUUAAAAAUGUUAGGGAUAUUUAAUUUAUUAAAAUAAUUUGAAAAGUACAUAUUUUUAUGCAGUGAAAUUUUAAAUUGAUAUAGUUUUUUUUAUGAAUUCUCUAGCUUAAGUUAUCUUUCUACAUUUUUCUUUGGAGAUGCAAACAUAAAUUAAUACCAUAUUUCCAAUAUACUGCCAUGUUUUAAAAAAAAACAGCUAGAUUAAGUUUCUAAAUUACAUAAUUUUGUACACAGAAUCUGAAUGAUGUUCAGAGGCAUUAACAGAGUUCUGAAGAGCAUUAUUCUUUGGAGCUAUGAAAUUCCACUGUACAGUUUUUAGCCACGUAAAAAGCAUGCUGAAAUGUCUUGUUUCAUAUUACGUACUAAAUCUGCAGUGAUUUUAGAUUGAAUCCAUUGCAUUUUAGAAUAAUUCUUUUCAAUUCCAAACAGUUUUUUCUAAAAACUAUUUGUAGACAUUUCCUAGCCUGGACAAAUUUAAAAAAAAAAAAAAUUCCCCACAUUUGCUUUGGAGUGACCAAGGUUACCUUUUAUCAAAAGAAUUAAUAGUAGUUACAUUUGAUUUAAAAAGGUCUCCCAUGAAGUUCUGUUGCAGUGUUUAUUUGAGAUGCGUUCUAGUGACUAGUGAUGGUUUAUUUUUAUUUUCUUCAGUUAUUCAAGAAUAAGGUUUCCAUUUGACUCUUUUAUUGAUCAGGGUAGUAACUUGCACUCACGUUUAAUAGGAACUGAAUUUGGCCUCAAGUUAGUACCCUGCCUUUUUGUUUCAAGGGAAACAACAGUGAUCUUAAAUGAAUGAGAAACUCGGUCAGGAAUAGAAAGUGGUUUGGAUUAAAUCCAGAGCAGAAUUGUUGCAGUACUUCUGCUGCCACUGCUCUUAGUCCUUCUGCUUAGGGGCUUAUGUGUAAGGACACAGGCAUGGGAAGGUUUUAGUUACCCAGUCAGAAAUGGUCAGGAAGAAAAGAGGCAGAAAUUUCUCUCUUUAAUAGGAACAAAGUGCCUGAUUGUCACUGGAGGGAGGUAUCUGUCCUGGGUUGGGGAUUCUCAGCUGUGCUGUGAACCAGCCUCCUGGAACUGACAUCUCAAAAGAUGGCCCAGUUUUCCCCAUGGAAAAAAAGUAAUAAUACCUAUUAUCCCCAGCAUCUUUGUGGUCAGAGCACAGAUGCACAAAACCUGAUCUAGAGCAGGGAUCUUGAAUUUGUGUCUCCAGCAUGAAAGUCUGACUACAUAGAUUUGUGGUCCUUUUCAAGACAUGUUCAUAAGGAGCAGGAACCUAAACCUGACUUUCCAGCACUGCAAGCAGAAAGCCAUCACCACUGGGAGUCAACCUGUCUUCUGCCUCGUUGGAAAAUGGUGUCAUGGCUUUGUCAGUUCAGCAAUAUUCAAGUUUAAGAGCUUUACUACUUCUACAGACAAUAGUCAUUGUGGUUUAGCUAUGUUGUCUGAGGAUACAGGGAAGACAAGAUUUGUACACAGAGGCAAGACUUUCUGUUUAGACUGACCAGUGUAAGUUGAAGAAAAGUGGAGAGCUACCAGGUGGGCCUUGUUUACUUUUUUCUGAUUGCAUCAGAUGGUGUAAAUAAAAUGUUACUUGGAAAGCUUGUCUUGCCCAGAGAGACUGUGGGCGUUAGCUAAGCACUGGCCUAGUUUAUGCUUGCAUUUAGGAAUGUGGGUCAAUAGGCUCAGAAUCCCGUGUGAAUCUCACCUGUUGUGGUGCCACAGCCCAGUUUGUUCUGUGUAUAAUGCCCAGCCAUCAAAUGGUUGCCAUGCGAUGGCUUUUUAUCAGACAUUAGCUAGCAAAGGUCUGAAAGUGUUUAGGUUUUCUUCUCAGCUGUGCCUGUGAAUGAAUGAUGCAAGUAAUUUAACCUGUAGCUAUUACAAUUUAGACUGCAGAAAGAUGUUAGGUAUUGCGGUUUCCUAAUAGAAGUAGUUUUGCUGACAGUGACUUGCAGCUUUUUCCAUGAGUUGAAAGGUUUACUGGUACCAACUUCUUUAGGAAAGCUGUGUGCUUAUUCUUAAAGCAUCACUGCUCCUGAUGUUUCACAGCAGUUAAGAUGAAACACUGCUACUGUAUCUAAAUAUAUAGAAAUAUUACCACAUUGAUCACAGGACUCUGGUGUUACCAGUGUAUUUCAUUUUCAAAAAUGCUGACGUGGAAUUUAUCAAAGACAAACAAUUAACUUGUGCUUGGUAAAAUAUGUGGGGUUUUUUUCUAAAGUUUGUUGCAUUUUUAUUACAUUGUACUAGCAGGAGUUGGAAGUACUCUGGGCUGCUUUAACACAUUAAGUGUUCCUGAGGUUAUAUGCUCUCUAACUAAAUGUGCCACAUUAAUACAAAUUAUGUUUUGUAGAUUCAGGUAAAUUCAGACCUGGUGUAACGAGAUAGUUCUGCAAGUUUGCUUGUAAAUCUUGUUGAGAAACAGGAAAAGCUUGGAAAAUACUUUCUACCUAAUUAUCUCUGCAGACAGCUAUUACUUUUUGCUUUCUACCUUUCAAAUUCCAAUCCCCAAGUCAGGCUAAAGUGGUGCAAGCCUCCUUCCUGGAAUUCUGGUGAGUUAAUGAUGCUGCUUGGCUCAACAGUCAUUAGCUUGGGCACUGUUCAUAACUGGGUGUACUCCAGAGGGGCUGGUGUCUCUUACAUGUCUCAGUCCUAAGUUACAGUAUUACUAUAAGAGUUCCUCAGCACCUUGAAGGUAUUACCUGAUUUUGGGGAGGUUUUUUCCCCACAUAAUUUAAUUUUUUAAGUUAUUUUUUUGUUGUGUCCUUUAAAGUCCCCUCUAGGCCACUGAAUCUUAUAGUAAUUGAGUAAUGGAAAUUGCUUCCAAAUAAACUGCAUUGUCCUCUGAUCCUUUUAGCUACUUCUGAUGGUGUUAAAAGCUUCAGGAAAGAGAAUAUUUGUGAAACCAAAGGCAUUACCAGAAACCUCCAUUAUGUGGAUAAAUUAUUCUUAAUUUUUUUAUACUGGAUGCCAAACAGACCAGCAGAUUGGGGUGCUGGCUUUUCUGAGUUGAUCAGGAUGCCUCUGGACCAAGGAAAUCUAAGACUGUCAGGAUAAUCUUGCUGUGUUCAUUCAGUGGGCAGUCCUGAAAACUUUGUAAAUAAUUUGAAUAGGAUGUGAUCCCAAAUUAGCACUUUUAAUGUUUUUAAUUAAAGAGUGUUUCUAAAGCACUGUAUAAGGCUUUGCAUUUUUGCAGGCAUCUCAACCAUGUAUUUGCAUUGAUAGAAAAUAUUCCUAUAGGUACGUUUGUUUUUUCUUAAUUGAAAGACAAAAUGAAACAGAUAAACAUAUGAUUUGUGGACCAAUAAGAGACUGGACUCUUGUUGUAUCGCUGCUUGUCUAACUCUUUUAAAAGCAGUUUUUAAAUACCUUGAGUCAGUUUAGAGCAAAGAAAUUUAUACUUUGCCUCUGUGGUGAAGUGCAAUUAGUCUUUGGCAUAUUUGAUCAACUGUGUAACAAUUUUCCUUAAUUUUUUCCCCAAGUAUAUUAUCAUUUCAGUUAUCUUUUUGUUGUUGUUGUUGAAAAUACUUGCUCCAAAUGAAGUAUUGUAGUAAUUUGUAGUUUGCUUCCAACUUGGAAAAUAAUAUUUAGCUUUGUGGGGGGGGGGGAGGAAAGAAAUCUCUUCACACCUUGCUCCCCUGCCAUACAUUAACUCUAGGUUCUGUAUUUGUUCUUACUAGGAAGGAUGUAUUCUAAAAAAGCUAAAGCAAGUAACUAGCAGAGGGGGAGAACCCUGUUUUAAAAAAUCAUCUUUCCAAUCACCAGCAUAAUGCUGAAAGGCUAUUAAACAACUGGUGUUUUCAAGCUAGCAUUGUUUGCUGAUGUAAAAAAUCCACCCCACACAGACCUGAUGAAUUAGUCUCUGAGAGUGUCACUUUUCUGAGCCCAGUGGUCUCAAGAGUUUUGCUGAUUUUGGCUAGGAGCAGCUAGAACUCAAAGUAGCUUAAUUUUGAGAACACUGGAACCUUCUUUCAAGAUGACAAACUUUGAUAUCUCUCAAGGGAAGGUACCCAGGCCCUGGGUCCUUCACUGAUUUCAAUGGUGUUGCACCACAGGGCACUAAAGAUGAAGUAUUUUUACUGUUGAACUGAAGGAGGUGAUCACUGCUGCUAGGAUUCCUGUUAGGGGAAGGGUGUAUGGUUGGGCUGUAGCUGCCUGCAUGACAGGAGUUGUGCUGGUAGCCAGGCUGGGAGCAGGUCCUGACUGGAAUCCUUCACCUCCCGUCAAUCAGCGGUUCAGUACUUCCCUUUUUAAAAGGGAAAGGUUUCUCAGUGUCUGCUGAGAGGGAACACGAUUCUCUUCAAGCCUUAACAGUGGCUGAAACACACAGUACUGUAAGUUGCACUGCCAGCAUAUUUGUUAUUUUAAGAGAAAUAUAAUUUUUCCUUAUAAAUCAAAUUCUAGUAUUGAGAUAUUAAGUGUAACCAGUUUGCGCUUGUGUUGUUUUGGAAACGGAAUCCUAGUGCUCAUGUUUCAUCCUGAACACUCUGCUUCCAUCAUCUUCAUGGCCCAGAAGGUAUUGUUUGUACUCCUGCCUUGUGGACUUCACAGCUGCAGGCAUUGCCACGAGCCCACGCUGGUAGCCAAACUAAACUUGUACUGUCCUUCCAUGUUCAUCAACCUGCCACUCAUACUGGUGGAUGUAAUAAUACCUGCUGGACUUUUAGAGAUUGGGUUUAAAAACUUGCUGCUAUAUUUGGAAACCUGAUAUGGGUCAUGUUAAUUGUGCCUUUCAUCACUGUUUCUUCUGUGUGCCAGAGUUGUCCAUGUAUAUUUGAAGUAGUCAAAAUAAAUCUAUUCUCAAGUUCUUUCAUAAAAGGAGGGGACAGUUCUGUAUCUAGAGACAGUUGUUGCUUUACCACUGCAACACUAUGAAGAUCCUUACUUUCACACACUCCCAAGGCAAGGUAUUCCAGUAUUACUCUGAAAGAAAACUGCUUUACAGUGUCACUUAAACCCCUCAUAAUGUAGAGCUUAUGCCAGUAUGUGCAAAAUACCUGCAGUGAGAAUUAUACUAAAUAGACUUGUUGCAGUUAAAUUUAAGCUAAAGAGAUGUAACUUGGUUUUAGGAAUGUACUGCAGAAGUAUUUGAAACAAAAUUGCUAACAUGUUUACUGUUGUAAAUAUUUUAAUAAAAAAAGGACACUUCAAACUUUUUUACACAGUUAUCUACAAUAAAGAGAAAUUUACAACCAUUUACAAAA